AUGGUGAAACCAGCACCGUUUUCUCGCCUUCAACUAGCGGCUGCCUUGAUAGAGUAUGACAACGACCCUUCAAAUCCUGAAAGUCCCUGUCGUUUCGCACAGGACAGCGCCAUCUUUGCUCAUCUCCGACGCAAUCCGCGCAGGAGUAAGGACUACCUACGCGUUACUGUACCGAGUGAGGCCGGAAGCGAUCCGGCCCAGAAGAAGUUGAGAGGGUCAUUGGGUGCUCUCCGGAAUCCAUUUGAAUCGGCGGAAGAUGACGAUGAGGCCCCUGAGAGCGAUGGUUUGGAGGUAGAUCUAACCUCCUGGGGACUAGACGCCUUCAUAGACCGAGAUAAGAAAGGCAAAGGCAAAGGAAAGGCGCGUGCAGAAGGAUUGCCUAACCCUCAUCCUGCCCAGUCACAAGGACAAACUGGUGAGACCACGAAAAGCAGGGGUGUGCGGUCAAUGAGUAUGGGUACUCUGAACGACUUCGGCGUGGGUGGCGUGUUUCUGGAAGCCGACCAAGGUGGCGGGCCCGACAGUUUUGGGCGUUUUCGCUCGUCGACGGAUCUUGAACGCAUAGAAUUGGUCCAGCCACCUCCACAACGCCGUCGUGCUUCAGUGCAUGCUCUAAUUGAGGGCCUGCCUGUCCAACCCCCUCUCCACUCGGUACCUUUCCCAUCUACCUCUGUACGGUCGUUAUCUCCAGGUCCGGAAGAGGUCUUGAGGCCAGGAUCGUCACACUUUGAUCUACAGGGUGGACAUGUGCGCACCCGUUCCAAUGUCAGCUGGGGAUCUAAAGCCUUGUCAAAGGACUUCAACGAGGGAACCGUCGAACGUUCACCCUCCCCAGAUCGAGCCUCUCGCUUUGGCAUUAGAACUGAUCACGGUCGGACGGUAUCAAUUGCGAGUGUCGGAAACAUGGCUUCAAACAGCGUUUCUGCAGAUGACAAUCCGUUUUCUGUCCGCCCACCUUCGCCUUCCCGGUCCUCGAGAUUUGAUCCGAAGGUUCGUAGUCGCCCAGCAUCUACCGAGUUAGCUGGCGCUCAGCUUGUCACCGACGAAGUCGAAGUGGACUCUCGUCGCGAUCGGCCUUACUCAACUGUGGAGCUCCUUCGACCGAAGAUUCUUGUCAUGCCCAGUCCUUUACAGACCACCGCUCCCCGUCAGGCUCCGCAGCCGCAACCGCAACUGCAACCAGUUAUGAGACCAUGUAACGGAUUUGUGACGUCCACGGAUGGUCCUCCCCUUCCUCCUGGUGCACGGUCCGUGCGCCCAGCUUCUCAGUUGGACCCAAGCGGCCCUCUCGUUGCCUCCAACUCUUUCACGCCCAACCCCCGCGCAAGUCUAUCGUUAUCUCAGCUUGCUUUCCGUAAUACGCUUGUCGUCGGCGGUCAACGAGACAUAUCUUUUUCUGAUAUUGACCGUCACCUCCCGCGGGCAGAACGGGAAGGAGAGCAAGUGAAGUUUGACGAUGACCAAGAAGAAGAGAAAGAGUCACCUCCCCCUGCGUCAAUACCCUUGCCACCCCCUCCUCCACCGACGGAAAUCGAAUUGAAACGUCCCGCUGGAAAGCUCUAUGGUUGGAGCCUGAUUGACAACCUCGAACACCGAAAAACUGAGAUGAAACAGAAGGCUCGAGUCUUCAGAGGUGACGAUCGGCCAUCUAUGAUGAUACGAGGACAAAUGAGACGGUCGAGCACUUUGAUUGACCCGGCGACCCUUGGUAGACCUCCCUCCCAAAAUCUAGACGCUGUGACCCGGAGCUUGAACAGGCGCGAUUCUAAUGGACCAUUGGUCAACUUGAAUGGUGAGAAAUUACCAGCCCUUGGUGCUUCCGCGCCAGAAGGGUAUCCGCCGAACACUCGCUCUGUCUUUGGUGUCGACACCAUAUGGGAUCGCGAAAUGGCUAAGCUUAAGGAAAUUGAGGCGCAGGAACAGGCUGAAGCGGAAGAGAGGAGAGUUCUUGAGCAAGCAAGACACAAGAAAAAAAGUGGCAAGUCGAAAACGAUGGAUAGCAGUGCCUCGGGCAGCGUUCCUUCGCCCGGCUUCCCGGAAUCUACCAUAUCCACCUUGCCUCCUUCACUUCCUCUCAUUCAGAAUUCAGCCAGUAGCCGGCCGCCUAUCCUUCAUGAAGGCGAGAGCGACGCGGAAAGCAACGGCGACGUCCCUCUUGGGCGAGUGCUCGGUCAAACAGAGAAAGCUGCGGAUCAGUGGGUGGCAGAGUCAUCAGACGAAGAAGAUGACGGCCCCAGACGGAGAACUGGAGUGGGGCCACGAUACCCAGCCAAAACCAAGCUCAUUCGACACGUUCCUGCUGGUAGCGAAGACAGUGAAGAAGACCUCCCCCUUGUCGCCAUGGCGGCUAGAGCUGCAAGAAGAACUACUCAGCUACCACCACCAAAGCUACUUGAUGAUGAGGAUGAGGAUGAGGAUAAACCUCUGUCCUCUGUACUCAGUGAAGGCAAAUUACGUCUCCAGUCCUAUAGUCUUGACGACCUCGCCGUUGGCGGGAAGCAAGACGACGACGACGAUCAGCCUCUUGGCCUCCGGGCAUCCCGCGUACCAAUCGCACCCCUCAUACCCCCUACCUCAACUGGCGAUAAUGAAGACGAUGACAAGCCACUUGCAUUCCAUCCCGAGCAACAGCGGCGUACCCAAUAUCAGAUGCUAGCGCAAAUGCAACAGCAGCAACAAAUGGCAAUGCAGGCUCGGAUGGCCAAUAGUAUUUAUUACGGUGCUCCUACGAUGAUGGGUUCCGGGUUCUUUGGACCACCGAUGGCCCCAAUGAUGAUGGGGACCAUGCCGAUACCCCCUCCUUCUCCACCGCCGCUUCAUGAUCCCGCUAAAUUCGGCCGCGUCGACAGAUGGCGACAUGAUGUUGCUGUCGAGGGCUCCGAAUAG